GCGGGCUACGAUGGCGGCGCGGGCACCUCAUCCCCGCUUUAGCCUCAUUGAGGCGGACUACGACAAGGACCACCGGGCCAAGGCCUUGUCGGAGCAGCAGAGGCCGUUGUGUGUGCUUCGUGGUCGCACGCACCACGUACACAGCUGGAACGAGCGAUACGCGCCGUACAUUCGUCGUGCAGGCUUUCUUGAGAUCGUCCGGGUCUACAACAGUGGACUUCCCACUCUAGACCCUGCAGUUCUUACUGCUUUUGUUGAUAGGUGGAGACCAGAGACGCACACCUUCCACACACCUUGUGGAGAAAUGACUAUCACAUUGCAGGAUGUGAAGAUGAUAUUGUGUUUGAGUUUGUCUGGUCAUCCGGUGACUGGGGUCGUCGAUGAGUCUACUUGGCUAGACUUGGUACAGGAGUUUUGUGGUAGGCGGCCAUCAGAUGCCGAAGUUAAAGGCACCAAGAAAACCUCAGGAGUGUCGACGUCUUGGAUUACCCAGAACUUUGGUGCAGGACCACCGCCUGAUGCUCCAGAUCAUGAGGUGGAGAUGUAUGCAAAGUUGGGGUAG